UGGCCAUACAUGCGCAUGUUAUCCAAGUGGAAAAUAUGUAGGCAUAUUACGUUUAUUGACUGCAUACUUUGGUGGUGGCAUGGGAACGCGGCGCAGGACCGGGUCUAGACUGUGUGUGGACGGUCAAGCAUGAAUUCCCACGGCACAGAACACAACCAACAGCUCGUCAGCAGCAGCGUCAUUGUCGAACGCUUAAUCCUUCUUCUGGGGGAAACCACCCUUCCAGUUUUGGAAGGCGCAGAUACCGACGGUGGCACCAACGCCGCCUCCGACAAUCAACCACAGGCUGAUGCCGAUGGAUUUGGCGUUGAAAGGACCCCGAGCGAAGACCAAGUGUUCAUGGUGGCCGUGAUCACCACCCAUGCGGCGGGCGGAGCGGCUGAUGCCACGGCUCAAAGGGGCUUGGACGGUCGCGACGGCACGGGCAAACAUGGCUUUAGUUCUGAACUGACUGGAAAGCUCCUAUUCCUCGCCAUUUUAAAGCACCAUGGGUUCCUCGAACAGUAA